AUGCUACAUUUACAUGCUCUUCUUUGGAUCAAGCAUGGAUUAACACCUCAAGAAGUGCGUGAUCGUAUUCUCGAUGAAAAUUCUGACUUUCAGACUCGAUUGGUACAAUACAUUGAAAGUGUACAGAAAGGAGAGUUUUAUACAGGUACAAUGGCCACAGUAGCUGUAAGAGCGCGUGAGGAAGAAGCAUCGCCUAACUAUCAAUGUCCCACACUUUGCCUUCCUGAGAAAGCUCCUGCUCCAUGUGAACCUCACUUUAGCAAUGAGUCAGAAACAGAAUGCUUAAAGUGUACUACCAGCAACUCUUGGUGGUCUAAUGUGUUUCAGAAGGUGGUAGAUAUCAUUUUAUUUAGAUCAAAUAGACAUAGCUGUGAAAAAGGAGGGUGUAAAACCAAUAAGCUUCAUAACUGUAAAGCACGAUUUCCAAGGGACACCUAUCUUGAAUCUUCCAUUGAUCCUGACACAGGAAGUCUCCGGCUACGCAAAGGAGAGGCCUGGCUGAAUACAUUUUCACCUAUCCUGACCUUUCUCAUGAGAUGUAAUACAGAUGUCACUAAUCUAUUGUCAGGUACAGCUAUUAAAGCUGUUAUAGCUUACACAACUGAUUAUAUUAUAAAGCCAGGUUUGCAAACACAUGUAAUGUUUGAUGCUGUUAAAACUGUAUUUGAAAAA